AUGAAAAACUUAAGGCUGCUUAGUAAACAAUGUUGGGAUGUGAAACAUUUUGUUUAUAAUCAACCCGUGAUUUUUCUCUUGCCCUUUCCUUGCGGCAUCAUCUUGGAUUCCAAAGAUCCUGCUAAUUCCAUAACUCAGUACGACGUCGAAGAAAAUCUAUCACAUUUGAUGACUUUGGCAAGAUUAGCUCUGGAAAAAGGUGAUACUGAAAGGGCUCAAGCUAUCUUGCAGAUGGGCAUUAAGAUAUGCGAGGAGUACGAAGUUCACGUUGCACUACCCUAUAUGUACGAUGUGUUAGCUUCAAUAUCUUUCGCUCUCGGUAACAUGAGUCAUGCUGAACAUUUGCUCGUGAGUGCUAUAGAGAAACUCAUCCAGUUAGGGACACCGGAAGACGACACUCAAAUCGUAGAUUUUCAACUAAGACUUUGUAGAAUAUAUAGUGCUUACAACCAAAAAGACCUGGCUGAAAUAGGUUUCCAGGAUUGUCUCGGAAAGCAAAAACUUAAAAUACUAAACGGAGACACGUCGACGAAAACCGGGAUGCUUUACGUAAACACUUUGUUUUGGUACGGAUUACACAAAAUCAAAAGUUUCGACCACGCGAGCGCAAAAAAAAUGCUGACUUCCGCAUACGAUUACUCUAUGAAAAUUAAAGGGCUGAGUCCCUACCAGGAAAUGGUCAUACUUUACACGUUAUCUGAUUUAUACAUGCAACUGGGGGAAAACAGUGCUGCCUUACAAAACAUGCAAAGCGCCAUAUUGUUAGGAAAAGGUAUUGGAAGCACUGACCUUCCAAGAUGUUACUGGAAACUGGCUCAAAUUUACAUCAACUUGGGUGCUUGGGAUAACGCAAGCGAAUCAGCGACCGAAGCGUCCAGACUGGCUGAACUUUUUGGCGAGGCAGUUCUCAAAUCGGAAAUCGACGAGACUUUACGAAAAAUUAAGGACCACAAAAAAUAA